CCCAGCCUGGCGGCCGCCCGCACACUCCACUCCCUCCCAGCCUGUCCUUGCCUUGCCACAUCUUCCAGAGCCCAGUACCCGGGGGGACCAUGUCGAGGAUCAGCUGGGGCUACCUCGAGCACAACGGUCCUAUUCAUUGGAAUGAACUCUUCCCUAUUGCCAAUGGAGAUCAGCAAUCCCCGAUUGAGAUUAAAACCAAAGAAGUGAAAUAUGACUCUUCUCUUCGACCUCUUAGCAUCAAGUAUGACCCAAGUUCAGCUAAAAUCAUCAGCAAUAGUGGUCAUUCCUUCAAUGUUGACUUUGAUGACACCGAGGACAAAUCAGUUCUGCGUGGGGGCCCUCUCCAUGGAAACUACAGGUUACGGCAGUUUCACCUUCACUGGGGUUCUGCUGAUGAUCAUGGCUCCGAGCACGUGGUGGAUGGAGUGAGCUAUGCAGCGGAGCUCCAUGUAGUUCACUGGAAUUCCGACAAAUACCCCAGCUUUGUGGAAGCAGCUCAUGAGCCGGAUGGACUCGCUGUCUUGGGAGUGUUUCUAAAGAUUGGCGAAUGUAAUUCUCAGCUGCAGAAGAUUACUGACAUUUUGGAUUCCAUUAAAGAAAAGGGAAAACAAAUGCGAUUCACAAAUUUUGACCCAUUAUCUCUGCUUCCACCAUGCUGGGACUACUGGACGUACCCCGGUUCUCUCACGGUUCCACCCCUGCUUGAGAGCGUCACAUGGAUCGUUUUAAAACAGCCUAUAACUGUGAGCUCCCAACAGCUGGCCAAAUUCCGCGGCCUCCUGUGUACAGCCGAGGGUGAAACAGCGGCGUUUUUGUUGAGCAACCACCGUCCACCACAGCCACUGAAGGGUCGCAAAGUGAGAGCCUCCUUCCAUUAGCCGCUGUCCCUGGGGAUCCUGUGAGCCAGGACUGUGGAAGGAACCAGAACAAAGCCAAGGAAAUCAACCCCCCCAAGUUCUUACCAACAGUUCUAGAAUUCUA